UGUUAUUUGGUCUCCAGGGAAACGAGCGCGUAAAGUAGGCGCUUGUUCCUGGACGUUUACUAGAGGUUUGUUUAGAGCUAAACUCCAGCCGAUAACAAGCAGAACACCGAAUUUGCGCGUAAAAUUCACAUUCAUUUGAUAGAGUGCAUCUGCAAUUGAAACAAACAUGUCCCUGCUUGUUAUUUUAUCUACAAACCGAGAAAGGCAGUGUUCGUUUAGGGCUGUUUAAACCAGUUUAAGUGUUAUUAUGACGUCUGUGGAAUUUAGAACCCAUCAUAAGUCAAAAACCCGCGGAAAUUCGGAUAUUAUUAAUCAAUGGCAGAUGAAUGGAAGUGACUACAGACAGUCGCUGUCGGACUUCGACGCCACAGAAACCAGAUUCAGUGCAUGGACGCCUGUAACAAAUAAAGCAUGCAACCAACAGCUUUUUCAGGAAAGAACAACUCUCAUCCUCCAUUGGUUUGACCUGUGGACAAACCGACAAAGAAAAGAAUUUAUUUGUCAGCUGUUGAAAAGAUGCUCUAAAACCCAGCUCAAGUUUACCAGGGAUUGCUUGGCAGAAUCAGUCCCCAUCACUCGAAUGGACUUCACAGCUGUGCUGCCUCGCUUUCUGUCUCUCUACAUCAUGUCCUUCCUCAGUCCUCGAGACAUCUGCUCUGCAGCACAGGUGUGCUGGCACUGGAGGUUUCUGGCAGAGCAGGACUGUCUGUGGUCUCCGAAGUGCAACCGUCUGGGCUGGUUUCUUCCCUACAGCCCAUCAGAUCACGAGUAUGGGGCAUGGAAAAGACAUUAUGUGGCUUGUACUGCCAGUUUAGAUAUUCUAACUCCACGGGAAGCAGCAGGUGUCUAUGGUACCUUGAAUGAGAGUUUGACAGCACCAGAGGAGCAACAGGAUAGAUGGAGAGAACACAAGAUAAGACAAACUAUCAGACAGAAGGUUGCAGAGCAUAAACAGGCUGCUUUGAAGACCAGGAGGGCAUGGUUAAACACCAGUAAAUUGGGCACAUCAUUUACUGGAACCAUUCAUAAGCCACUGAGUCUAACUGCUGCUGUUGUUCAACUUGGGGACAAGUGCCGAUUGAAAAAUUCACUCUCUAGUGUGGAUAUAAGAGAACCACGGCUUGAUUUAAGCUUGAAUAACACUCUUGGGAGCACAUGUGCCACCAGUUUAUUGAAAACUAUGAGUUCACUGUUCACCCAGCCAGUCAAAUCUUCCUAUAGUCCUCUUCCUCAUUUCCUGCUUGUGUCAUCCAGUGUUCCUGGAUAUGAACUGCUUCUGUCUGCGGUGCAAGUGUCUGUGGUGGUUUUACCAUAUGACUCACAAGGAAUGACCUUGGAGGCUUUGCUUUCUCUGGCGGAAAGGGUGAUUCAAGGCAGGAUGGUGCAAAGUCUUGGCAUUUUGGUGACAGGAAGCACAGAAGAGAUAACUCUCACAGAUGGAAUGAGCAUAAGUGAGAAGACAGUGCUAAAGCCAGGUGUGAGGGAGUUCUGGGAGAAUCUGUGUGGUUGGGUAGUUCCUGCUUCAGAAGGAGGGAGUCUGGACAUCUUUGCUCCCCUGGCAGCUUCAGUCGCAGGGAUGGAUCUAAUGAGGAAGUUGUCCGUUUUGUCUGGUCUGAAUGUCAGAGCUCCCACAGGGAUCUGUACAGGCUCCUACCAGCACAUUCUCAGUGAGUGGUCUGGGUCUGGUGAUUUUCCUCCGUUGGUGUACCUGCAUGAGACCUUCCUUCUGAGCUGGUGCAGACAGGCUGAAUGGAUAGAGGAAGCCUGUAAGCAUCUGCGGAAACAGCUGGGGCCACAGCUGCACUUCAUGUGUCAAGAGAUCAGAGGCCGAAUCCUGGGUCUGUUCCUCUGGGAUCAUAUAAAGAUGCCUGUCAUUUCCCUUAAAUCAGAGGUCAUGCAGUGUUUGCUUCAUGGGCUUGUGGCGCUGAUGAAUGAAACUCCGGAUGAUCCCUUAGACUUCUUGGGUCACUUUCUACUGAAGUCAUCAGUCAGCAAUGGUUUGAAGAAUAUGGACCCACUGUUUCUUACAGAAAGUGCUUCCUUUAAUGGCCUCGAUCCAGAAUCUCCAAAGGGCUUGCUAAGUGAUGCAGACAGACGUAGUGCUGUGUGCAAAGAGCUUUUAAAUAGUGAGAAAAUAUAUGUGAGGCAACUUCAAGCGGUGGCCACAGUGUACUACACCCCUCUCAGAGCGGCACUGGACUCCAACAGAGCCAUCAUCAGCUCAGUCAGUCUCAUCACCAUCUUCUGCCCUCUGCUGGACAUUUUGGAGACGAACAGUGUUUUUCUGAAGGAGCUGACUGAGAGGUGGGAGGAGUGGGGUCCGCUGCAGUGUGUGGGGGAUAUUUGUGUCAAAUUUUGCACCAAGUUACGGGUCUACACUAAUUUUUUCAACAACUAUCCUACCAUUCUCAGAAGUAUAGACAAGUGCCGUGAGAUGCUUCCAGUAUUCCGCAGCUUUCUGAAGAGACACGACCGGACUGUUGCUACCAGAAUGCUGAGUCUCCAGGAGCUGUUUCUCACACCAUCCGCACGAGUGGAGGAGUAUAUGACUUUGUUUCAGGUAUUAACGCUACACACACCGUCUGAGCAUCCGGACUACACACAGAUAACAUCUGCUCUCAACUCACUGCUGACUUACAGAGACUUCAUCCACAAGUUGAAAAAGAGUCUGGAUCGAGACUUGAGAAUCAUGGAGGCACAGAGCACAAUUCAAAGCUGCCCAAAUUUGUUGGAGGAAAGCAGAUACUUGAUCACCAGACAGGAUGUGGCAUUACUGAGCUGCCUUAAUGCAGACAUUGCUGCCUCUCUCAGAAUGUAUGAGCAUGUGAGUGACCUGGGGUUGUUUCUGUUCAAUGACGCUCUAGUGCUGACCGAGAGGAGUGUGUCAAAUGUGCCAUUUUGUCUGGCAGUGAAUACGACUCACACCUUUCUGGCCUCUGUGGCUCUUCACUGUCUAAAUCUCACGGAAAUCACAGACACAAAGUAUGUUCGAAACGCUUUUCAGCUGGAGAGCCCGAAGCGCCAGUGGAUCUGUGCUACAGAUAGAGAAGAGGACAAGAUCAGGCUGCUGUCUGCUUUACGCAGUGCUAUAAAUGCUGCUAUAACACGUAACUAAAGAUGAACAUACUAUUCACUACUACAAACCAUAUUAAGAAACUGAAUAGAUGGUCACUAGAAUAGAUGGUCAUUUUUUUAUUUUGGUUUAUUACCAAGUAAAUUGAAUUGGUAUGAAUAUAAUGUUUUUUGAUUAUGCAUGAUUAAAGUAUGAAUUAUUGCAAUAUAAAAGUCUGUAAUUUUAUGCGUACU